AUGAGUACCCAAAUCCUUACUGAAAAAGUUGACCUUGAGAAUAAUCUUAAUGAGCAUAUUUCAAUUAAAGAUAAAAUUUCUCAAAAUUUUUCUGAAACAACCAUUCAUGCCAUCUCUGUUGAUUACGAUGAAUCUUCCUCAAUUAAUCAAUCUGUGCUUGAAUGUACAAUGACUUCUCAUGGAUUUGCUGCUGCAAUUCUUCAUGCUUACAGCAAUCACCAACAUUUACGUUUAACACCCGAUGAUAUUUGGUUAACUAUUGCACAAGGAGUUAGUCAUCAUAUUAAUUAUAACGCAGAAAAAUUUCGUUCUCGCUUUGUUGAUCACGAAGGUAAAAAACAGAUUUCUGUUUAUGUCGGUGACAUUUUGUAUAGUGAAAAUACUAGUCUCAAAGGUGAUUGGCCCGAAGUAGUAAAUAGGUUGGUCGUGAAAACCGAUCAAGCUGUAGAAAAAAUUGAUAUAAAAUCUCUUUUAGAAUGUGAUUUUACAACUACAACAAAAACUUCUCUUACUGCUAGUCGUAUUGUUCUUUUAGAUAUGGUUAAGGCUUAUUUUACAUAUAAACUUCGUACAAGAUGUGGAAUUCCUAAAGUUACUCUUGAAGGUACUUUAGAAGAUUGGAUAAAGUUACAAGAGAAAGUCAUUCAAUUACGUCAAUUAGAUUUAGAUAUGGAUUUUUGGUUAGAUAGAUUGGACCCCGUUAUAUGGAAAUUAGUAGAAACUUAUAAAGGUGAAGUUGACCAAGAAUUUUGGGCAACAAUCGCCUCAAGACAACGAUUUGGUUCGGGUUUUAGUGGUGAUAUUAGUGGGUGGAUGGCGGCUUUUUAUCCUUAUAAAAAAAAUGGAACAAAAAUAGGACAUAAUUCACUUGUACCAUCUAGUAUCCCUAGUGGAAAUGUUGCAGUUCCAUUUACGACUGAUACUGAACUUAAAUUAAAAUUUGUUGCAGGAUUUUUAGGUGCGCAACAAAAUGCUUUUGAAAACUCUAAUGAAUUAGUUGUUUCACCAAUUAUUGGUUGGUUUAUUAUUGAUGAUAUAAUUACAGCAGAUGAAAAAGAUGAUGAAUAAAUUAGAAAUGAUAAAUUAUUUAUGAGACUGUUAAAACUUUGCCUUUUUUUUUACUUUAAAUUAUGACAACCAAUUUCAAUAAAGCUUCUUAUAUUAUUUUUAC